AUGGAUAAGAAAGUGUGUGAAAAGUUCCAGGAUAUAGAGGGAUGGUUUCUUGGUGAAAAUCAAUUUAAUCAUCCUGAAUAUCUCCAAAAGUAUUGUAUUAGUAAUUGUGAUAUUAAUCUCGAUAAAAUUAAUGCUGGAUGUUUAUAUUUGUUGGAUCAAUUCUAUAAGCAUGAUGGUAUGUUUCCCUCUCCUUCAAACGGUAACCCCUAUAUUGUUGAUAACAUUUUUAUAUGGUUAAGUUAUAUGUUAAACCUGAAAAAAACUAAUAAUCAUGACAAUAUGCAGUAUUUUUAUAGUAAUUACAUAGAGAAACGUAAUACGUAUAAGGAGCAUAUAAGUGGAUUAACUGGCUAUAAUAAUUAUAAGGAGCUUAUAGAUGAAAGAAAGGAUUUUUUGGAUAUGGAUAAAAAUAUUGUAUCUAAAUUUUAUGAAGCAUUAAAAUCAUUAUGUAAAUUGUAUAAUGAACUUGGUGAUGGCAAUAAAAAUUGCAAGAAUUAUUUGGAAGAUAAUGAAUUUGAUAAAAAAUAUGAAGAACUUAAGAAAAAUACUAGUAUUACUGGAAAUCAUUCAUAUAAUCAACUAUUGACCACUUUAUUAAAAGAUUAUGAUGGUUUUAAAAAGGAAUGUAAACUUGCUUUAUCCCCUCCAUCGGACGAAACAAAACAAAAUCUUGGACAAACUCCUGUAGGUAUUUCUGGAGAAGAUGGGGAUAAUUUAGGACAAUUGUUAGCACAAGAAUCUGAAUUGAAUCCUGAAUCGAGUUCUGAAGUUACAUCAUCAAGUUCUUCGAUAACUAGCAAAUUAAUUCCAGUUUUAUUGAUACUUGGUGCAAUACCAAUUUUUUUGGGAAUUGCUUAUAAGUAUUCAUUAUUUGGAUUUCGGAAAAGAGUUCAAAAACAUUUAAGAGAAAAGCUAACAAAAUAA